AUGUUCAACCCUCCGGAGAAGUCAUGGGAUGAGAUGGGUAGCAACGUCUACGGCUGCAUCAAGCAGCUUUUUCUUUUGAAACUAGAAAACCGUCAACUUAAGGUCGUGUUGAGCAUUGGGGGAGCAUCCUGGUCGAGCCACUUCGCAACUGUUGCUAGCUCUCAACAGAGUCGAGAGCUCUUUGCUGAUUCAUCCGUGACUUUGAUGAAGGACUGGGGAUUUGACGGCAUCGAUAUAGACUGGGAGUUUCCUCAGAGCAAAGUAGAAGCCGCGGAUUAUGUUCUCUUGCUCCAAGCGGUACGACGCCGCCUUGACGCAUAUGCUGCAGAGCAUGCUCCUUCCUACCACUUCCAGCUCAGCAUUGCAUCGUCAGCAGGAAGCGAAAAAUACGGAAGGCUUGACCUCAAAUCUGUAUCAGAUAUAGUGGACUGUUUUUAUUUAAUGGGGUACGAUUAUUCUGGGUCUUGGAGUACCGUCACUGGCCACCAGGCGAAUCUUCAUCCUAGCACCUCAGCUCCGGAGUCGACGCCUUUUUCGACAGGGAACGCAGUAACGGACUACAUAGCCGCUGGUGUUCCGAGUCACAAGAUCAUAUUGGGCAUGCCACUGUAUGGCCGAAGCUUCGAUAACACCAACGGUUUCGGUCAUCCAUUUUCAGGGGUGGGAGGCGGGUCAUGGGAAGCUGGAGCGUGGGACUACAAAGCUUUGCCAUUACCCGGGGCCAAGGAGGUUUACGAUGGGUCGGUGGGAGCAGUAUACAGUUGGGACCACGUUGCCCGUGAGCUGAUUAGUUACGACAGUCCAUCAUCGGUACGAGACAAAGUUGCCUUCAUCAAAGCAAAGGGCUUGGGUGGGACAAUGUUUUGGGAAGCCAGUGCAGACAGGACGGGUAACGCUAGCCUGAUUGAAACGAGCUAUGACUGUCUCGCUAAGGACAGUGGCGUCGGCUCACGUGAAAACCUAGUAAAUUACGCGGACAGUCGAUAUAACAAUCUUGCAGGCGGAAUGGUAACCGGCUGA